CUCAACGUAGUUGUUCUAAAGAGUACAAAAGAUUCAGACAAAAAAAAUCAGAGAGAAAGAGAAAAUAUUUAUCUAUCUACACUUACUUUUCAUUACCUUAGUACAUGUAGUAUAAUUCAUGAAAAUAUAUGAGAUAUGUGGACAAACACAGGACUAUCUUUUUGUUUAGCUUCAAUUGUUGUCGGUGGUUUUGGUAUUUCUGUAAACAAUGGUAGAUACGAGGAUAUAAAUAUUGUCAUCCAAGAUACUGUUGCAGAGAAUGAAAUUCUCCUGGAAAGAAUUCAGGAAGUAUUUAACAAAACAUCGCAGACGCUUUUUCAAGCGUCCAAACAACAUGUUUAUUUCGGACAAAUCAACAUCAUAUUACCCAAAACUUGGAGCUGGAAACCGGAAUAUACAGGUAUCCCAGCACGGUCUGAACCAGAGUCCUAUAUUACUGUUGAAGAGGGAAAAGUUAAAUCUCCACACACAAAACGGAAGAGAAAGAAGUGCGGCUAUCCUGGACGGUACAUAUACCUACACACUGACUUUUUGUUAACAGAAGGAAAAACUAAGUGGGGAUACCAUGAAAACGUUCUAGUACACGAGUGGGGACAUUUUAGAUGGGGCCUGUUCGAGGAAUAUAGUACGAGAAAAAAGGGACGAUUUUAUCUGGACAAUGGUGUAUGGAAUCCAGUAAGGUGUAGCGAGAGCGUGAAUGGGAAGGUUGGUAAAGGAACUCGGUGUAAUAGGGCAGCGUCAGAAUGUGAUACAACAGACACGGAACAGGUGAUGAACAAAAAUUGCAAAUUUUGUCCAGAUGAGGCCCAGACAGAAUCGAGAAUGAGUUCAAUAAUGGCAUUCAACUGGGUGGAUGCGGUGUCUACGUUUUGUGACAACGGAGACGAUGAAACUGUUCCAUUACAUCAAAGACACAACAGCAAGGCCCCUAAUAAACACAAUUCGAAAUGCGGUGGUCGAAGUGCUUGGGAAUUGAUGAGAGACCACGGUGACUUCAAAGCUGAACCGUUGCCAGCAAACACAGACACUAAGCCGAUAUUCAAUAUACUGCGAGAAAGUGACAGCUAUCGUGUGUUUGUACUAGAUGUUUCCGGUAGUAUGUCGGGGGAAAGAAUCGAAACGUUGUAUCAAGCAUGUGAAUAUAUAAUUCAAACAAAGAUUCCUGAAGAUAGCUGGUUAGGUAUUGUUUGGUUUUCCAGUUCUGCUUCAACCCGGCUGAAUAUUACACAAAUUACAUCACAAGGUGUGAGGGAUACACUUGUAAAUGCACUGCCGCAGUCAGCUGGUGGUGGUACAUGUAUUGGAUGUGGCAUAGAAGAAGCUUUAAAGAUUUUGAAAACCCAUCGUACUGACCCGGCCGGAUCCGAAAUCAUAGUGAUUUCCGAUGGUCAAGACAAUAGUCCUAACCUUGAUACGUCUGUCCAAAGUGCUGUAGAUGCGAACGUAAUCUUACACACUAUUUCUAUAUCGCAAAAUGCGGAUAUAAGAAUGAUAUCCAUGGCAACUGCAACAGGAGGCUUCCAUAUAUCUUACCUCGAGACCGGAACUAUAAGUUUUGCUUCAACGUUUAUGGAAAUAUUGUCAAGCGGUGUGACAUCCUUUGCGACCGAAUCAACAACGCUUUUGGCAGAGAAACUUGACUCCGUGACGUCAGACACCGUCUGGUUCAGUUUUGACAUUGAUAGCAGCGUUGGAAUGAAUACUACUGUCAGCAUACUGCAGGGAUCCUCCACAGAUAUAAGCAUAGAGGUCCAAAGUCCAGAUGGUAUAGUUUAUACAAAACAGACUACUGGAGACAGCCUGAUAUUGGAUAUUCCUGGCACAGCUGUGACAGGACACUAUAAUGCAACCGUUGUAACACAAACGUCAUUGUCUUUCGAGUACUACGUAUCGUCUUUACCUACAAGCCCUGAAGUUGUCCGUGUAGUUUCUUGGAUUUCGCCAAUAGAUUUAGACUAUCUUACUGGUGAAUUGCCUGUGAUCGAAGCUGAUGUGAUGAAAGGAAGAGCUGCUGUUUUAAAUGCAGUUGUGACAGCAGUUAUUGUGAACGAUAACUCAGAAUACUGCAAUGUUACAUUACUGGACGACGGAGCAGAUCCUGAUGAUACCCCGGACGAUGGGGUUUAUGCCGGCGUUAUACCAAGGUUCUGUCUUUUAAAUGGUCGCGUUAGUGCAAAGGUGUACGCACUAGGUGAAAGUGGCACAUCGUCUGUACAGGAUGCCUUCAGCGGCGCUUGGUCUCCAGAUUUAGAUGAAGACAUAAAUCCUGAGGUUCUUCAAGACAACUUUCAACGAGUCACUUUGCCCAAUGAGAUUUUAAUAUCGAACUAUGAAAGUACAAUUGCAAGUCAAGAUAUUACUGCGCCCGGCCGUAUAACAGAUGUUUCUAUAAUAGACAUUUCCACAGAGAAUACACAGUAUGGUGAGAGCAGGAACUUCACCAUCACGUGGACGGCUACUGGCGACGAUGUGAACAAUGGUCAAGCCACGGAAUAUGAACUGAGGAUCUCUGAUGAUAUAAAUGUCCUGAUAAAUAACUUUUCGAGUGCGGAACUGCUGGAUGUCGUAAAUGCAAACUUCACACCAAAGGCUGCUGGGGAAGUUGAAUACAUCAGAAUAGAAAUAGACGCGGAGGAGUCAUAUACAUCUACAACAUUCUUUGCUGUACAGACGAAAGACGAGGCUGAGAAUGCAGGCGCUGUUUCUAAUAUUAUUUCUAUACUUGUUGCCAAUGGAUACCGGAUUAAAGUAGAAGGUGAUGUGGUUUACUCUCCUACCGACGUAACAGAUGAAGAUAUCACACAAGAAGAAAAGGAUGAGAAUCUUACAGGACUUGCUAUUGGUAUUUCGUGUGCUGCUGCAGCUGCUGUUGCAAUCAUUGCAAUCAUCAUAAUUGUUUACGUGAAGAAACAGAAAGCUAAAGAAAGUGUCAAUUUACCAAACUAUAUUCGUAAAUAAUUACAUCAACUAUAAUAUGCAAAAUUAGGCAAUUGCUUUGUUAUUUGUGCCGCACUAUUUAAGAAGUUACACCAUGGUAUAACAUUUUACAUGUUCUAUAAUAAAUAGUGUAUUCUUUCGUUAUCCUGCUUAACCAUUUAUUCGGUAAAAUGUGCGUUAAUGAAUUGAAUGAUUUUUAAUUUUAAAACAAAUGAACAGUGCAUGAUAUACACGAUUUCAAUGGGACACCUGAUUCUAUAGCUUACAGUAAAGCUGAAAAUUUGAUUACAAUCUGAAUUGCAUGUUUUACAUUGCCUGUGAACUGUUUAUGACAUUAAGUGCCAUGUGCCAUGUAUUAGAUGCAUAUAAUUAUGUAGUAUUGAUAUAUAAACUAGACGUGUUCAUUUCUCAACAGCUCCUAUCUAUGAUAUUGAACAGUCUUUAAGUUAUAUUGCAUCGGCGAAGCAAAAUACAGGUCAAAGUUCAUGAGAUUUAGGUUUUUCCUGUCAUAUUUCGCCGUGAUCAAUAAGACGUAGCAGGUCAUAUUCUAUGGCUAACUAGUAAAUAAGUGUGUAAUAUUAACAGUGGGUAAGAUAUUCAUUGGUAUUUUUUAUUUUUCAAAAUGCUGUGCCAGGUUCGAUUAAUAGAUAUCUGCACAAAUGAUAACAAACUAAUAAAGCUCAAACAUCUACA